AUGUGGGGCAUGUACGGUAGCUUCUUCCCCAUUGUGAUCCGCCUACUCGUAGGCCAGAUCUGGACCGCAGUCUUAAUGAUGCAAGGCGGCUACUUCCUGUCCAUCUUCCUCCGCUGCGUGUUCGGUCACCACUGGCAUGAUCUUGCCAACACCAUCCCGAAGAGUAUGGGCGUGACAGCCCAGCAACUGGUCGGCUUUAUCCUCUUCGCCGUCGUCACAGCGCCCUUCCUGGCGUUGCGUCCCCAUCAAAUGCGGCGACUCUACACCAUAAAAUCCUUCGUUUUACCUCCCGUCGCUAUCGGGCUGUUCGCCUGGUGUAUAGUGCAAGGCCGCAACGCGAACAUCUCUGCCGGCCACUUCAAAUCCAUAAAACCCUCCCCGAAAGGUGCAGCCCUCGCCUGGGCAAUGCUCUCCGCGAUCAACAGCUGCAUGGGCAAAACCUCGAGCAUAGCUGUUAACCAGACCGAUCUCGCUCGAUAUGCCCGCACUCCCAACGCCCCUUUCCUCUCCCAACUCAUCUCGCUCCCCAUCGGAAACACGCUCUGCGCCACGCUCGGCAUCUUCGCCACGUCCUCAACGCAGCAAGCGUGGGGCGUCACACUCUGGAACCCAUGGGAUCUCUGCUCCGAAAUCCUCGAUCGACACUGGAACUCUGGAGCGAGAGCCGCCAUCGCACUCGCGAGCAUGGCGUGGAUGCUAUCCAUCUUCGCGUCCUGCAUGGGAGUAGACGUUUUUCCCUUCGGCGUGGACGUGACGGCCCUUUUCCCACGGUGGCUGAACAUCCGCCGGGGAAUGUAUCUCUGCUAUGCAAUCGGCCUCGUCAUCUUUCCCUGGAAGAUCCUCGAGAGUUCGACGACGUUUCUGCGCUUCCUAGGCGGGUAUAGUAUUUUCCUUGCGCCAUUGGUGGGGAUCUAUAUCACGGACUAUUUUGUCGUGCGCAAGGGUAACUUGUGGGCCACGGACUUGUACAAGGCGAAUAAGGGAGCUAAGUACUACUACGUGAGUGGGGUGAAUUGGCGGAAUGCUGUUGCUUUUACGACGACAGUUGUCUUUCUUGUUCCGGGGUUUGCGGGUCAAUUUGGGCAUGAGGUGGGGGUUGGGUGGGAGCGGUUGUACAGUUUGGGAUGGGUGAUGGGGUGUACGAUCUCGAGCGUGCUAUACUAUGGGCUCGCGAUGAUAGGGGACUUCUGCAAGGAAGAGAGAGGCAUGCAGUUCGAGGAGAGUUAUGAUAGACAAGGUAUGUUUUGCGAGGGUGUUAUUGAGGGACUGGGUGUACAGUGCACAGAAGAGAAGAGAACAGGAACAGAAACGGGUCAGAAGGGUGUGGCGGAGGAAAGCAAAAUCAAGGUGUAG